AUGAAUUUUCUUCCUAUGGCUGCCUUCCAAUUCCUUUUCUUACUACUAACCCUGCUAGCGGUACAACUCUCCGAAGCCACUCGUCCGAGUUUAUUCUCUUCGAAUUUCGAUUUACCAGGCUUCAAUGGCACGAAAUGGGCUGUUCUGGUAGCCGGUUCAAACUAUUACUUCAACUAUCGCCAUCAGGCGGAUGUUUGUCAUGCGUAUCAAAUAUUGAAAAGAGGUGGUUUGAAAGACGAGAACAUAAUCGUGUUCAUGUAUGAUGACAUUGCCAAUAACACAUGGAAUCCGAGGCCUGGUGUCAUAAUCAAUAGUCCCAAUGGUUUGGAUGUUUAUGCUGGUGUGCCUAAGGAUUACACUGGAAAAGAUGUGACAGCGGCAAAUUUCUAUGCUGUGCUUCUUGGCAACGCCUCAUCCCUGACUGGCGGAAGUGGAAAAGUUGUCGCGAGCAGCCCUUUUGAUACAAUAUUUGUGUAUUAUGCGGAUCAUGGAGGCCCUGGAAUUCUUGGGAUGCCAAACAUGCCUAACAUUUACGCUAAUGAUUUCAUCCAAGUUUUGAAAACAAAGCAUGCAAUGGGUACAUAUAGUGAGAUGGUUAUAUACGUGGAAGCUUGUGAAAGUGGAAGCAUUUUCGAAGGUCUUAUAUCCGAAGAUCUUAACAUAUAUGUGACGACUGCAUCGAAUGCAGUCGAGAGUAGUUGGGGCACUUAUUGUCCCAACACGACCACUCCACCACCGCAAGAGUACAACACUUGCUUAGGUGACUUAUACAGUGUCUCAUGGAUGGAAGAUAGUGAUGUGGAAGAUCUGACGACCGAAACAUUGGAGGAACAAUACUUGAAGGUGAAAUUGAGGACUCUGAACAACAACACUUCUGAGGGAUCUCAUGUCAUGCAAUAUGGUACGCAACGUAUAAGCAACGAGACUGUUUCGGUUUACCAAGGUUCUUGUCCUCUGAAUGCCACUGCGAAUCCUUUGCAAUCUUUCAACUCCAAGGGUGUUGUCGAUCAAAGAGAAGUCGACCUUUAUUCUAUGUGGCAUACGUACAAUUCAUCGACCGGAGAACCACAACAAAAGGAAGAAUUACUAAACAAAAUCAAGGAAAUCACUACACACAGGACACAUGUGGAUAGCAGCAUCAACACUAUAAAUGUCAAGCUUUUAGGUGACCAACAUGUAUUAAUGAGGGGUGUAGGAAAGCCCCUAGUGGACGAUUGGGAAUGUCUUAAAUCCAUGGUUAGGACGUUUGAGACACAUUGCGGAUCAUUGACCCAGUAUGGCAUGAAACAUACCCGAACAUUUGCUAACAUGUGCAACAAUGGUGUUAGCAAAGACGCCAUGGAUGAAGCUGCCAAGGCAACAUGUAGCUCGUAUAACAUGGGGCAAUGGGAUCCUGCAGCUGUUGGUUAUAGCGCAUGAUCGAUGAUGGAACAAACACUAUAUAGGAUGGAUGGAAUGUUAUUUAGUUUUGGUAUUAUUUCAACUACAAUAAUGGUGACAAUAAGUAGAACAAUGGCCAAUCACAUAGGCUUGUUGUUAAUGUGAUCCCAUCUUCUUUCCAACUUUGUUUAGAAUGACACUUUUCCAACUUUUGAUUGUAGUGUACUUGACAUAAUAAGAGGGUGAAUACGAAGUCGAAAAUAUUCACCAUUUUUUUGUUCUAA